AUGGCGCGGGAGAAGAUAAAGAUAAGGAAGAUAGAGAACACAGCGGCAAGGCAGGUGACCUUCUCGAAGAGACGGCGGGGGCUAUUCAAGAAGGCGCAGGAGCUGGCCAUCCUGUGUGACGUCGACGUUGGACUCAUCGUCUUUUCCUCCACAGGAAAGCUCUACGACUUCUCCAGCACCAGGUGCCCACAGUUCCAACCUCGUCGCCCACUUUCCCUUUUUAGAUCUCUUACAUAUUCCAUGAUUAUUGGUGCACGUAAUUCUUCACGUCCUUCCGCCCCCAUCCCUCUCUCUCUAUACCUCUCGUCACCCGUGUUGUCAAAUUUAUCUUACACUAUUCUCUCUCUCUAUUUUCUCUCCUGUCUGAGGUUGUCCUUUACAGACUACAUUAAACUGCAAGGACAUGCGUGUGAAGAAAGCUUACAUUUCUGUCCAGAAUAG